ACCCGGAAAGUGAAAACUCUUCUGCCCGUGGGAGGAUGGAACAUGGGUUCGGCACCGUUGACCACGAUGGUGUCCACGCCGGAGAACAGGCGCAAGUUCAUCACGACCUCUAUCGACUUUCUGCGGAAGUGGAACUUCGACGGGCUUGACCUGGACUGGGAGUACCCGGCAGCCAGGGGCAGUCCUCCUGAAGACAAGCAGAGGUUCACUUCCCUUGUUGAGGAGCUGAUGGAGGAAUUUGAGGACGAAGCUGACGUCAGCGGGAAACCGCGCCUCCUACUGACCGCUGCCGUACCUGCAGGCGAGGACAAAAUAAUCAACGGAUACGACGUCAUGGCCAUAGCCAACGAACUGGACUUCAUCAACCUGAUGACCUAUGACUUGCACGGCUCCUGGGAUCCCGUGACUGGGUUUAACAGCCCGCUGUACCCGGCAGAUGAGGAGACAGGAGACGCCGCGAAACUCAACCAGGAAUUUGCAGUUGACAAGUGGAUCUCUCUGGGCGCCCCUGCAGAGAAGCUGAACCUCGGCCUCGCCACCUACGGGCGUUCCUUCCGCACCACCGGGGGCAACGGGCUCCGCGACCCGGCCAGCGGCGGCGGUACGGCCGGCCAGUUCACCAGCGAGGCCGGCUUCCUGGCUUUCUACGAGAUCUGUGACAUGCUGAACAACGGCGCCACGCGGGAGUAUGACGAAGAGCAGGAGGCGCCGUUCGCCUACCUUGGGGACCAGUGGGUCGGGUACGACGACCAGCAGAGCAUUGCGGCUAAGAUCGCAUUUCUAAAGGACAGGGGCCUGGGCGGGUCCAUGGUGUGGGCCAUAGACCUGGACGACUUCCGCGGAGAGAAGUGCGGCCAGGGCCCCUACCCGCUCAUGACCACCAUCAAGACCCUGCUGGAGGCGGAGGAGCCGACAGAAGCGCCCACGAGCAAACCCCCAACACAGCCUCCAAACACGAGCAAACCCCCAACACAGCCUCCAAACACAGAGGCUCCAAGUGUGACACCAGAGCCCGAAUGUGAGAUGGAGACGACGCCACAGCAGCCCCAGCAAACCAACAAGCCACCCACCAAACCACCCACCAAUCCACCCACCCAGCCACCGACGCAACAACCCACCAAGCCACCCACAAGGCCUCCGACCCAGCCACCGACCCAGCCACCGACCCAGCCACCGACCCAGCCUCCGACCCAGCCACCCACCAAAGCACCGACCCAGCCACCCACCAAAGCACCGACCCAACCACCGGUCCAGACAACGGCGCCGGCUCAGCCACCAGCUGUUACCUUCACCUGCGAGGGCCGUCAGAACGGGUUCUACCCGGACCCGGCGGACUGCGCCAAGUACUACCAGUGCUGGGCGGGGAGGGAGUUCCACCGCCCGUGCGGCGGAGGCACGUACUGGAACCAGGCCAUCAAGGGCUGUGACUGGCCGCGCAACGUCGACUGUCAGGCACAGAGCGCCAGUGUUCUAGGUGGAGCCCAGAGUGGACAGAGUGGCCAAAGUGGACAGAGUGGUGAGGCCUUCACCUGCGACGGCAAGUCGCGCGGAAAGUACCCGGACCCUGAGAACUGCGGGAAGUACUACCAGUGCGCGUGGGGCGGCAGGAUGUUCCACAGGCCCUGUGCACCCGGCACGCACUUCAACGCGGCCACCAAGCGCUGUGACUGGCCUCGAAACGCCAACUGCCAAGUUUCAUUAGACUUGGCUGUUUACUAUAGUAACGGAACACAGAAAAAGACGAAGAUGUUGAGUGUUCUAUCCCUGCUGUGUGUGAUGUUCUGCCUGGGGCAGGCGUCUGUCAUCCCAGCACAACGAGCAAACUACCGCCGCGUGUGUUACCACACCAACUGGUCCCAGUACCGCCAUGGCGUCGGCCAGUUCUACCCGGAGGACAUUGACCCCAGCCUGUGCACCCACAUCAUCUACUCCUUCGCCAAGAUGACCAACAACCAGCUGCAGCCGUACGAGUGGAACGACGACUCCACCGACUGGUCCACCGGCAUGUACGAGAGGUUCAACACACACGUGAAGCCCCAUGGAGUGAAGACCCUGCUCGGAGUGGGAGGCUGGAACUUCGGCUCCACGGCGUUCUCGGACAUGGCGGCCACGGCUUCCGGCAGGCGCACUUUCGUCACGACCUCUAUCGACUUUCUGCGGCAGCGCAACUUCGACGGUCUUGACCUGGACUGGGAGUACCCGGCUGCACGCGGCGGGAGGGCGUCUGACAAACAGACGUUCACUCUGCUCUGCAAGGAACUGAGGGAGGCGUUUGAGGAGGAAGGCGCGCGCACCGACCGGGCCCCCUUGCUGCUGACCGCCGCCAUUCCGGCCGGAGAGGACAACGCUCUGAACGGAUACGAGAUGGCUGAGGUGGCCAGGUACCUGGACUUCCUGAAUCUGAUGGCGUACGAUCUGCACGGCCAGUGGGAGACCUACACGGGCCUGAACAGCCCUCUGUACGCCGCCAGCGACGAGACCGGCGACGACCGCAAACUCAACCAGGCGUUUGCCGUGGACAUGUGGCUUGCCGGCGGCGUCCCAGCCUCUAAGAUCAACCUGGGAAUGGGUCUGUACGGGCGGACCUUCACAACCACCGGGUCCAACGACAUCCGCGCCCCGGCCAACGGCGGCGGCAACGCCGGGCUCUACACGCGCGAGAAGGGAUACCUGUCGUACUACGAGAUUUGCACCAUGCUGGGCCAAGGCGCCACCAAAGUGUUCCACAGCGAGCACCUCUCCCCGUACGCCUACCUGGGGAACCAGUGGGUCGGCUACGAUGACAUAGAGAGCCUUCAGUAUAAGGUUGAGUACCUGAAGAGUAAGAACCUUGGCGGCGCCAUGGUCUGGGCCCUCGACACGGACGACUUUAAGGGCAGCACCUGCGGACAGGGCCGCUACCCGCUCCUGACCGCCAUCAACAACCUGCUGGACACGGGGUCUGCCGGGGUGGUGCUCCCGCCAGCUCCCUCCCAUCCGCCGGUAGCAACCGCGGGACCCCUCCCCGUGGUCACCCAGGGCCCCAACCCUGUGGUCACCCAGGCACCCGUUGUGGUGGAGCAAGGUGGCCUGGCGGGGGUGACGUGUGACGGCAAGCCUGACGGACACUACCCCGACCCUACCGACUGCGGCAAGUACUUCCAGUGUUGGAGCGGCACGAUGUUCCCCGGCCACUGUGCCAAUGGCUUGUACUGGAACCAGUCUAUCAAGGGUUGCGACUGGCCUUACAACGUCAGCUGUAUAGGAAACGUGUCAAGAAUUACCAGACUGUAUUGGAGCGACUGCCAGUGUGAAUCUGACCACGUUUCCACCAGAAACAUAUUUGGAGCACCAUCCUUUUCCCUGCCAUCAGUACCCUCAUUAAGCAGCACCCUCAUUACCUACUGGAAGAUGAAGCUCACUCUGUUGUUACUUGGCAUCGUCCUAGUGCAGAGCGUCCAUUAUGCUUGGGGGUACAAGCGCGUGUGUUACCACACCAACUGGUCCCAGUACCGGCCGGGUAUCGGCAAGUUCUUCCCCGAGGACAUCGACUCCUCGCUGUGCACCCACAUCAUCUACUCCUUCGCCAAGAUGGUGGGCAACCAGCUGCAAGCGUUUGAGUGGAACGACGAGUCCGAGCCGUGGAUGAGGGGCAUGUACGAGCGGUUCAACGACCUCAAGCUGACCAACCCGAGCCUGAAGACUCUGCUGGCCGUGGGCGGCUGGAACUUUGGGUCCGGCCCGUUCUCCAACAUGGUGAGCACGGCGGGCGGCCGGGCGGAGUUCGUCAGCACCAGCAUCACCUUCCUGCGGGAGCGCAACUUCGACGGGCUGGACCUGGACUGGGAGUACCCCGCCAACAGGGACGGCUCACGGCCGGAGGACAAGCAGAGGUUCACCCUCCUCACAAGGGAGUUGAAGGAAGCUUUCGACAGAGAAGCGGCUGAGACUGGGCGGGAGCCGCUGCUACUGACCACCGCGGUGGCUGCUGGGGCGUCCACUAUCGAGACUGCGUACGAAAUCGCCGCCAUCUCGCAAUACUAUGACUUCAUCAACGUGAUGUCGUACGAUCUACACGGCGCCUGGGAGGAGUUCACCGGGUUGAACAGCCCUCUGUAUCCAUCCGCGUCCGAAAGCGGUGAUCAAGCCCUGCUCAACCAGGAAGCGGCUAUCAACAUGUGGCUUGCGGGAGGAGCGCCGCCCUCCAAGCUGAUCCUGGGGAUCGGCACGUACGGGCGGGCCUUCCAGCUGGCCAACCCUGCGGAGAACGGUCUCCGGGCGCCCGUGCGGGGCGCUGCCACGGCCGGCACAUACACGCGGGAGGGCGGAUUCCUGUCGUACUACGAGAUCUGUGAGAAGCUGGCGGCAGGUGCCACACGUGUGUUCGACAGUGAACACCUGGCUCCGUACGCCACCUGGAGCGACCAGUGGGUGGGGUACGACGAUCACGAGAGCAUCCAGUACAAGAUUGCCUUCUUGAAGGAGAAGGGACUGGGCGGGUUCAUGGUGUGGGCGCUGGACCUAGACGACUUCAGCGGCAACAGCUGCGGCUCGGGCCGCUACCCGCUGCUGAAGGAGAUGAACCGGCUACUGCUCGGCGGGGUAGUGCCCACCCUCCCGCCGCGGCCGUCCUACAACCCCGGAGAGGUUGUCCCCGAGGCCACACCCGAAGGGGGAGUAGUCCCCGUGGAGCCGACUCAAGCACCGUCAGGUGGCACAGGCGGUACCGGUACCGGGUUCUGCGCUAACCGUGCGGACGGGUACUACUCUGACCCGGAGGACUGUGCCAGCUACUACCAGUGCGCGGGCGGGUUCACCUACCACAACACGUGCCCGUCUGGAACGAUGUGGAACGGGCAGAACUGCGACUGGGCCAGCAACGUCCAGUGUGCCUGAGGGCUCCGUCUGGCCGACUGGGCCGUUGGGAUAUCUGUGAAUGUAAUGACGCCGACAACAGAAAGACAGCGAUUGUACACGAGUACCCAAGAUACCAGAGAUGCCAUCUAGAUUUAGGGAAAAAACAAAUAACUGCAUGAUAAGAAUUUGACAAGAAAAACUUCGUUCACUUCAGGAGCAAUUUUUGCGUCGAUAGACAAUCAGUUCAGUCAAGGUAACAUCUAUAGUGCACAACUAAUGAUGGUUAUGCAAUUGUGUGUAAAUGCUUUGGUACGCUGGCGGGAAAGGCAAUAAAUUACACAUACAAUCAA